AUGACGCCACCACCACCACCACCGCCACCGCCACCACCCACUGCCACGCACCGCCACCGCCACCGCACCACGCCAGCACACCGCCACCACCGCGCACCACCGCCACCACCGCCAACCACCCACCACCACACCGCCACCACCACCACCACACCACCACCACCACGCACCACCACCACCAACCCGAACCACACCACGCGCGCACACGCCUCUGCUGCUAGCGCUCGAUAUUUUCCCUUCCCGCCCGGCCCCCCUCGCCGCCUUGCGGCCAGCACACGCCGCCGGCGCGACGCGGCGGGGUGGGGCGCCGGUGGGGUGGAGUGCACGCGCGUCGUAUACGAGUGCCGCGUGGCGCAGUGGCAGGGUGAAUCACGGCGGCCCGGCUCGAUAACAACACCAACGGCUGCGGACGCCAGCCUUUGUGGCGGUGGCGCUCGCGGACGUUUGCCCUUUGGCCCCUUGGCACUGCGCGCGAGCUGCUCGCUGGGAGAACUGUUGCAACUGCAAAUUCUUAUCAGUUUCUUACCAGCAAAACGUUGUUUGGAACCGCGACCUUUGAAAGAUAUCCACAAAGUGUCAAAAAGAGUGGGUCUGGUCCUGCCACUUGCACGGCGCACGUCCGGGACGGUUAGGCCCCUGCGAGGAGGCAGCUCCCCGCCUCGGGGGGCGGGGGGGGGGGAUCAUGGGGGGUCCCACCGCGCAGCCGCCCUGCCUUUUUGCCGCCUCGCCUUGCCCACCCAGCGCCGUCCCGCCCGCCAGUCGAGAUCUGUUGUUCGGCGGGUGCCUCAGCGCACAGUGCGUUCUGGGAAGGAGGCGGAGGCGGUGGCGGAGACGAGGCAGUUGCGUGGGGGGAUUCAUGAAGUUUGUGAAGUCAAUUCCGAGUGGAAGGUUAUGGAAUGUUCGGGAGAGCCGGUCGGAAAGCAAGCUGCUAACACGGCGCGUUUACUUGUUCUAUUCGAGCAAGAACGGUACACGUCGUCUGCCUGGAAGACGCCAGGGAGUUCUACGGUUUUGGGCCGGCUGUCUUUCAGAACGCUGCCUGGAUGUAGGCCGCGACCUAAAUCUGCGGCUGGCUUGCCUCACCCCUGGCGGUUGACAGCCCUGCUGCAGACGCCGAGGCGCGCCGCCCCCGCGACGGGUCUUUGGGGGUGCGAGGGUGGAGAGCGCCGGCGCGGAGCGCUCGAGGGGGCGCGGUGGCCGUCGGGAGAGGGGAGUGGAGGGGGACGCGGUACCCCCGGCCGAGGCGCGAUCCCCCCUGCGCCGACGCGCCUGCCGCUCCGGCCUCGAGCGCUCUCGCCCGCCCGCCGCGGCGUUGCCAAGUUGCCCGCGUCGCGCCGCGCCGCGCCGCGCCGCGCCGUGCCGUGCCGGGUUCCGGCCUCUGGUACAUCGCAGGGAGCCGCGCGGGGCUGCCGGAGCGUGCAGGGAAGGCAGGCUGCUGGGCAGGCGGGGGCUGACGCAUCUGUCACAUACGAAUCGUCGUGA